GGCCCCAGCGCGGCAGCUGCGGGAUACGCGCUGGGGAGCUGGUGAUGCGGUGCGCUGCGCGGUUCCGGGGCGCCGUGGCCUUGUGGCCACUGCUGGCCGCCCACGUGGUGACGGCAUUCGAGCCCCUGAGCGUGGGCAUCGCCAUCGGAGCCGUGUCUGCCCUCACCGGCUACCUGUCCUACACUGACUUCUUUUGCCGCUUCGCCGAGUGCUGCCGCGAGAAGCCGCUCAACGCCUCGGCCCUCAGGCUGGAUUUGGAGGAGAAGCUGUUUGGACAGCACCUGGCCACCGAAGUGAUUCUCAAGGCGCUGACUGGCUUCAGGAACAACAAACAUCCCAAGAAACCGCUGACUCUGUCCUUGCACGGCUGGGCUGGCACAGGCAAGAAUUUUGUCAGCCAGAUUGUGGCUGAAAAUCUUCACCCAAAAGGCCUGAGGAGUAACUUUGUCCACCUGUUUGUAUCGACUCUGCACUUCCCACAUGAGCAGGAGAUAAAACUGUACCAGGACCAGCUGCAGAAAUGGAUCCGCGGGAAUGUGAGUGCGUGUGCCAGCUCUGUCUUCAUAUUUGAUGAGAUGGAUAAGCUGCACCCUGGGAUCAUUGACGCCAUCAAGCCCUUUCUAGACUACUACGAGCAGGUGGAUGGGAUUUCUUACCGCAAAGCCAUCUUCAUCUUUCUCAGCAAUGCAGGUGGGGACCUUAUUACUAAGACAGCUCUGGACUUCUGGCGGGCAGGAAGAAAGAGGGAAGAAAUCCAGCUGAAGGACCUGGAGCCUGUGCUGUCUGUUGGCGUCUUCAACAAUAGGCACAGUGGCCUGUGGCACAGUGGGCUGAUAGACAGAAACCUCAUUGACUACUUUAUCCCCUUCCUGCCACUGGAGUACAGACAUGUGAAGAUGUGUGUGCGGGCAGAGAUGCAGGCCCGAGGGGCUGCCGUUGAUGAAGACAUUGUCACCAAGGUGGCAGAAGAAAUGACGUUUUUCCCCAAAGAUGAGAAGAUCUACUCUGACAAGGGCUGCAAGACUGUGCAGUCACGGCUGGAUUUCCACUGAGCCAUGGAGGCUCAGCACACACAGGCCUUGCCUAGUAGAAGCACUUUGAGACCUCUCGAGGUUUUGCACAUUUGUACCUGUGAACUUUUGAGACCUAGAAGUUGCUAUAAGAGUUGAUUUUUAAAAAGAUGUAGCAUGACAGCAGCCCAACUCUUACCUGAAGCUGUGGGUGAACUUUUAAAAUGCCCUCAUGCUCACCAAUACUAACCUUGACUCAAGUGCCUGGAAGCAGCUGUAUACAAGGCCAAGGUUCUUGUGUGAACCAUGGCACCCAUGCCUUAGGAGCCACCACUGUGACUAAAGGGGCUGAAAGGUUCUGCUGCCAUCUGGGGAGUGAUGGAUUUUUGCCUGCUGAAAGCAUGCUGUUCACUUUGCACAGAGCAGUCACUGACUCGAAGUAUCUUUAGUUGAAGGUAGCAUGGGUAGGUGCUGAUGGUGUCUGUAUGGAGCAUGUGACCCUGUGCUCUGGCACUCUCAGCCUGGGCUGUACUGUCAGCGUGAGGAGUGGCAGCUCCCUCUGAGGCCCCUGCAACAGACCAGGACAGACUGGUCCCUGGGGUCUGUACCUUGCUCUGGCCAUGGAGUUCCUUUGUCCAUCCCCCACUUUGUAUUAUUGGUCCCAGCCUUCGUUGUAUGGCUCUUGAGCACCAGUCACUACCAGAUUUUCCCCAACCCUGUCCUGACUGGGUUUGAGUUUAAAUUUUCUGUUCCCAUGGUAACACAUUUGCCUGUUAAACUUGAUGCAAGGGUCAAAUACUACCUGCAGAACCACUUGGAAUCCACAGGACGGGGUCCUUCCCCACUUCUGACGUGCUCAAAGUGAGUGUCAGCCUGCAGAGUGCAUUGCCACAAGGUGGGCCUGCUGCACAGAGCUGCUGUGUUUGCAAGCAUGAAAUCAUGCUUUUACUUCUGACUCAGGUGAGAAAGGGUAAGACAUUUUAAAACCUAGGAAAGACACAAAAUGGAAUCAUGGUUUCUUUUCUCAGGCUCCCUUAAACAGUAUAGACUUUAUUGUUAAACUCGUGGCAAAGUGUGCUCACAAUUAGACACAAAACAAGGCCUCCUGAAACACGGCUGGUCCUGGGUGUCAUCUUACUGUGACACCUGCAUGGCAGCAUCAGGCUGGAGUGCCCUUACCACUGGGGAACGAGACUUAGAUUCCAGCCCUCGGGGAUCGUUCUGAUCGUUCUGAGACACGAACAGCGUGCAGCGUUUUUUAUACAUGUACACAUGGAAAUGUCUGAUGGGGCAGCACCUUUGUCUUUAAAAUGCCAAGGAGAGACUUGAACGUCUCAGAAUGUAUUCUCCCACUGGAGCUGUUACCUUUCUUCCGUAACCUUUUGGGUGUCUAGUCAAGACGAGACCGAAUUUUCUGUUUACAGUGAUGAAUAAACUGAACUCCUGUCGGCCACCUUUGGACUGCUGUUACUGAUUUGUAAUUUGAGAAGGCCUCAGUUGGCCCUGACCCAGCCUCCUCCCCCUGAGGAGAUGUAGAUAAGAGCUUGAAUUGACCUGUUGAAUAUAAACCAAUAAAGCCCAUGUGUUAUGCUGCAAAAGGCCACUUUUUGGCUUCCUUCUAGUUUACUUGGCAAGUUUGAGCUCAGACAAAAUGAAGGUGUUUAACAGCUCAGGUGCUCACUUCCUGCACCCUGGAUGUGCCAGCUGACUGGCUUUGUCACGUAUAAUCAGUAUUUGCUUUAAGGUUGUUAUUCCCAAACAGAUAGGGAGAAGUUCAGUUGCAUGGAGUGAUGGACAUUGUCAUGGGGUAGAGAUGUACAAUGCAUCUUCCAAAAAGCAGUGUAAGAGGGAAAACUGAAGCACUGGGAAUAAGACAACUGCCAUGCCAAGCCCAGCUUGGAUGAGGAAACCGAUGCUGGCUCUUCCCACCUGGGACUGGUGAAUCAUGAGAUUGCAGUUCUGUUAGUCAGAUAUCAAACUUGCCUUGCCUUCUCUCGGCAGUGAGUUGAUAAGGUGGACUCAUCACAGAAUGAGAAUUGUCGGGCUUUCAGUUCAAACCAUCCUCACUAUCUCACUGCCCACUCCGUGCCUCCAGGUUUGAUUCUUAGCCCAAUGCUGUCUUCACUCUCCCCCACCCUGCCUCGUCUACAAUGAUGGAACCUUCCUAAACUAACUGAGGGCCCUGUGUUCCCUGGUUAGGGUCCCCAGGGAUGUCAUCUUCAGAUUAAACCUCACCUGUGACUGCUGGGGACACUGGGAACCAUCCUUAGGCCUGGACCACCUUGAAAAGGGACCCCGAUGCAGGCUGAGUAACUGAGGCAGUCCAGUAGUUAGAAUAAUAACCUUUUUGUUCAUUUGUUUUUAUGAGCCAGGGCCUUGCAAAUAGUACUGGUUCUACCACCAAGCUGCUUCCCAGCUUCUAGCCCAUCCUCUAUGCCUGCUAAAAACUAGCCCUGGUGAGCACUCUGGACAGCAGCCAUUCUCAUGGGAACCCUGCUUCUUUGUAAGCAGGUGUAUGCUACAUAAAAUAGGAUUAUAGACAAGAGCCACUAGUGCCCAGCUAAAUACAUUUUUUAAAGGAGAAAAACAUACUGUAAGCCUCAUGAGCUUGGGCUGUGAGUUGAGGAUCCAGCAGAUACAGUCCAGGUUGGAGUGCAAUGAAGCCUAACAGAGACCCAAGUCCCCAGGAUAGCUUGGACCCCACGCUGACCUGCACAGCAUGUUACACUCCAUUGUUGGGAUUCGUGGAGCUCCUGACACCCAGUUCAAGUCCAGCAGAGAUCCCAGGCAGGUGUACAGAGCUGCAGUGUGAAGCCCUGAGUUCAAACCCCAGUCUCACCGAAAAAUCAAAAGACAAAAUGUAUUCACAAAUUAUGCAAAGUUCUAUUAUAAAAUGCCAGCUAUUUACAUUCAUAGUUAACACUGUUGUAGGUGUUCCAGGAAGGGGUGGCCAAGCUUUCCUAGGUUUGGGGGAUUCUGAUUAACCUCACAAAAUUAGUGAUAAAUGAGGAAGGUUUGGUAAAAAUACAGCAAGAUUGGCCACACAAUUUACAAUCCAGUAGAGCAUGUUGGCACAUUCAGAAAUGGAGUGAAGGGGCCUUUCUUUGCACAGCUCAAUGACUGGCAAAGGACAAGCUGGAUGCUUCUUUUUUGGUGGUGGUACUAGGGUUUGAACUUGACCUUGAGCCACAGCUCAAGCUGGAUUUUUUUUUUUUUUUUUUUUUUU